ACACAUCACUUGACACGUUGCUGUCGUCAUCGGCAUUGAUAGGAAGUAACGACGGUUUGUCUGUGUAUAAAUCAGCAGGAAGCGACGCGAUGAUGACACCUGAAGUGGUUGAAGCCGCUGACUGCUGUCCUCAGGUGAAGAUCUAAGAUCAGAGGUCACUCCAGACCGCAGUCCUCCAUGCCUGCCCCUCCAGGCUACACUCCACUGGAGCAGAAUGAGUCUGUGAACCCUUUGCGUAUCUCUGUAGGAGGCCUCCCCAUGCUAGUAUCCAUGGCCAACCCCACUGACCCCCGGUUCCGCCUCAAGUGGAGGCCCAUCGUGGUUGUGGCCGUCUCCCUGGCCCUAGUUCUGCUGCUCUUCAUGCACUUUGGCUCAGGCCACUCGUACAGCUCUCAGUCCUGGAGGCCCUGUCGUGGCAGUGCAGUCAAGGACACUGAUUCACAGUACAACGACACCUACCCUAUAACUCCGCCUGAACGCACUUCGCAGGGGAUGCGCUACCGCAUCGGGGUCAUCGCAGACCUGGACACGAACUCUGCCAGCGACAAGAAGCUGACAUGGUUCAGCUACAUGCGGAGGGGGUACCUGCUGGUGUCGCAGAGUGGAGAUACGGUGGCGGUUGAAUGGGACCCGGACAGGGUGGUGCUGGAGAGCCACCUGUCGGAGAAGGGGAGAGGCAUGGAGCUGUCUGACCUGGUGGUGUUCAACGGAAAGCUCUACUCCGUCGAUGACAGAACGGGCAUCAUCUACCAUAUAGAUGGAGACAAGGCUGUGCCCUGGGUUAUCUUGCCUGAUGGGGAUGGGAAUGUUGCCAAAGGGUUUAAAGCGGAGUGGCUGGCAGUAAAGGACGAACACCUGUACGUAGGUGGUCUGGGGAAAGAGUGGACGACCACCGAGGGCGAGUUUGUCAACAACAACCCAGAGUGGGUUAAAGUGGUGGGUUUCAGGGGGGACGUGCAGCAUGAGAACUGGGUACCCAGGUACAAAUCUAUGAAGUCAGCUGCGGGGAUUGAGCCACCAGGGUAUUUUAUCCACGAGUCGGCCGCCUGGAGCGACACCCUCCAGCGCUGGUUCUUCCUGCCUCGCCGCGCCAGCAAAGACCGCUAUGAGGAGACGGCGGACGAGCGCCGCGGGACCAACCUCGUCCUGAGCUGCUCGCUAGAUUUCAAAGACAUCAAAGUGAGCCGCGUGGGGCCGCAUCUCCCCACUCACGGCUUCUCCUCGUUCAAGUUCGUUCCCAACACGGAUGACCAGAUCAUUUUGGCACUCAAGUCUGAGGAAGACGCAGGAAAGAUCGCAACGUACAUCACAGCCUUCACUCUUGAUGGACGCAUUCUCCUACCUGAGACUAAGAUUGGGGAUGUGAAAUAUGAAGGUGUAGAGUUUAUAUAGAAAGCUCAAAGAUGGAGGUUCUUGCUCUUGAGGCCACUGCACUGUGGUUCAAGUUUGUUUACAAUCCAGUCACUGUUGGACUUACCACACUUGCUGCUUCCUGAAAAACCCAUCACCGAAACCCUUCAAGGCUUGUCUUCAAUGCAGACAACAGACCUUAAGGCUUAGUCUGCAAAAUAUGUUCAUCUUGUGAGUUUGGGGAUUGUGUAAGACUCUUUAAGCAUUGUCAGCUUGUUUUCUGAAAGGUGAAAUGUGGCUUUUGACAGUACUGUUGCCUUUCUUGCAAUGAAUGUAUACAAAGAAUUGAUUUAUAAAACUGUGAGUUGUUUUUAGUUUCAGUAAAUGAUGCAAAUUCAUUUACAUACUGUACACUCUGAGCGUUAUUUUGUUUUCUCCUGCGCUCCAAUGUAAACACUCUUAUGCGUUUUUUCUCUCAACAUGAUCUGAAGGAUGCUUUUAUAAAACUGGAAUUCUGCUGUGUGGGAUUUUUUUUUUUUCUUUUUAUUUGAUUUUUAAGAAGUGGGGGGCUCACAGUAAAAGAUUGAUUUCUUA